GCGGCUUUUAAAUCAAACAUUCUGUUAAUAUCCGGGGUUAGUUUGGUGCAUUACUUUGUCAGGUUCGGUACUUGUACAAACAGGAGGAUGGGAUGUUUAAGUCCGUUUUUAUAGCCGUAGACUGCGGCCAGAAACGACAGUGUUACUAAAGAGCACCGGUGCACCGUCCCGUGAUGCAUUUGACUUUUUUCAAGUAGUCCUUUCGCUAUUUUUGCGCACAUUAGCGCAUGUUAGCUCGAAUACGACACGGAGACUUGGCUAAUCGGAGCGCAUUAGCACGGACUGUACUGCCAGAGAGUAACGUGGUUCAAAUGGGCACGUAAACUGUUUGAACACAGAGGAACUAGACGCUUCUCGACGGUUAAUGGAGCGCUGCGGUCCUGCGCUUUAUGAUACUCCUAGUUCUUGGUGACUUCAUAGACUGUUCGUGUUCGGGGUGGGAAGGGGAAAGAGGAACCCCCCGUAUCCUGCUGGGAGUAUUAUUAUACUGGUACCGAACUGGGGUUUGGGCGCGUGCUUUGCGCACGCGUGCCUGCUAUUGACCACUAAAAGUAAAUUGAACUUUUCCGAGACCCAAAGUUGUCAGGCAGCGCAUCUUGCACGCAUGCGCAUCGUCUAUCCAGCUCUAAAUAAGAGUUAAAACAGAAACGAGGGUGGUCGUAUCAGUGGAGUGGGGAUGACUGACACUCCACCCAGUGAUGGAGCCUCUCAGGGAGCUGAGUUUGACAUGAUGGGAGCCCUCGACUGGAAAGAUGGGAUAGCCACUCUGCCAGGCAGCGACAUAAGGUUCCGCAUGACAGAGUUUGGGACUCUUGAGAUUGUCACAGAUCUGGAGGUCAAAGGGCAGGAGGCCGUGUCUAACAGUGAGACCUUGGACCCUGCGCCAUCUCACACUCCCACCCCUCCACCAGAGGCCCAAUCACAGACAGGCUCAGCUACAGCUCCAGCCAAUCAGAAUAAAACAGGAUCAACUCAAACUAGAGAGGAGGGUGGCAGCACGGAGGCCCCCAACAUGGAGGUUGGUCCCAGUCCAGACGUUGGUUCCAAUGCAGAAACAGGGCCUAAAGGAGAGCUGCUGAGGUGCAGGGCCUGCGGUGGUCGUGUUUCUGGAGUUGCCCUCUUUCAGGGCAAAUUCUGCAGCUCUGCGUGUGCCCAGCCUUCCAGUGGCAGGUCAUCUCCUGCCCAGGAACGGGAGAACCCUGCAGUUGAGGGGCUGGGGAAACGUGUGCGCAAAAAGAGGAAAAUCUACAUGGAUUCUGGGAAUGAAGAAGAGGACAACCAGGAGGAACCGGAGGAAAAGGCUAAGACCACCAAAAGUAGAAGGGGAGCCAAAAUUGCAAAGCUCGUUUCUACCCCACCCAAUAAGAAGCGUGCAUGGAGCUGGCCUGCUUACCUGGAAGAGGAGAGAGCUCCUGCUGCACCCGUGAAGCUCUUCAAAGAACAUCAAUCGUUUCCUCAAAGUAGGAACGCUUUUAAAGUUGGCAUGAAGCUGGAGGGGCUCGACCCAUCGCACCCGUCUUUGUUCUGCGUUCUCAGCGUAGCAGAGAUUCAAGGUUACAGAGUCCGACUCCACUUCGAUGGAUACCCAGAAUGCCACGACUUCUGGGCCAACGCCGACUCAUGGGACAUGAAGCCAGCGGGUUGGUGUGAAAAGAACGGGCACAAGUUAUUGUUGCCCAAAGGCUGUAAAGACGGAGAAUUUAAUUGGAGCAUGUAUGUGAAAAACUGCAGGGGCCAGCUGGCUCCAAAACACCUUUUCAAAAGCCUAAACACCUCUGUGACUCCAUCUGGAUUUAGAGCAGGGAUGAAGUUAGAAGCAGCCAACCGGAGGAACCCUCAGUCCAUCUGUGUGGCAACAAUCGCUGCUGUUGUUGACAACCGUCUGCUCAUUCAUUUUGAUGACUGGGAUGACACGCAUGAUUAUUGGUGUGAUGCCAGCAGUCCUUACAUCCAUCCUGUUGGCUUCUGUGAAGAAGUUGGACUGACUUUGACCACUCCAAAUGACGACAAGAGUUUUUCAUGGGAGAAGUAUUUGGAAGAGACGGGGUCGCAGGCCGCUCCAGCACGAGCCUUCAAGCCGCGACAUCCGCAUGGUUUCCAGGUGGGAAUGAAAGUGGAAGCUGUCGAUAAGAGGAACCCGAUGCUCAUUCGAGUCGCCACGAUCGUGGACACCGAGGACCACAGACUCAAAAUCCACUUUGAUGGCUGGAGUUCAGAGUACGACUAUUGGGUGGAGACAGACUGCCCCGACCUGCACCCUGUCGGGUGGUGUCAGAAAACUGGACAUCCACUACAGUACCCUAAUGGACCCAGUGACCUAUUGACUGUCCAGGGACAGGGAUGUCCCACACCAGGAUGCAAUGGCGUUGGACACAUCAGGGGACCUCGCUACGGGACCCACUACACCCAGGUGAGCUGCCCGUACUCUGAGAUCAAUCUGAACAAGGAAGGUUUGCUGCCAGAUCGCCUCAGCGGGGAGCGACCCCUCACCCUUAGUGUGCUUCAUCCACGGGGCCGACGCCCAGAUCCUCCUGCUAACAGCUCCACACCAAACAACUCCCCUGCAGAGCAGCCUGAAGGAGAUGUGGACUCCCAGAGCAGGAAACCAGUGAUUGGGGAAGCUGAUCAAUCAGGUUGUAACAACCAGCCAGAGCCAGUAGGGGGAGCCAGUGAGCAAAGUCAGAAUGGAACAAGGCCUAAACGGACGGCUCCUGUUCCAAAAUACCUGAAAAUGCACUAUGUCAAGGAGGAACUCAGUGACGGUAAAUCUUCUCCUGAAGAAAUCUCCCUCCAGCAGGCUCUCCACGAGUCCGUGUUCUCUCCCGGCAUCUCUGCUUCUCCUCCACACCGGGUGGCUCUCUGCUGGGACAAACACUGCCAGCUGCUUCCUGAGGUCCUGGGACUCACCGCCAAGAGAGUAGCCACAUGGAGCGCAGAGGAGGUGGCCACUUUUGUCAAAGGACUUCCAGGAUGUAAGGAACACGCUACAACCUUUAAAACAGAGCAAAUCGAUGGGGAGGCCUUUCUCCUCCUCACACAAGCAGACAUCGUCAAGAUCCUAUCAAUCAAGCUGGGACCUGCCCUGAAGAUCUACAACUCCAUCCUCAUGCUGAAGAAUGCCGAUGAAGACCUUAUCGUAAAAAUCUGCCAAAAGAAGUAUGACUGGCGUGACAACAGAGAGGGCAGGAAACCAAAUCAUCUCAAAAACAUCCCAAGACUUUUUGUCUCCCAUUGACACAUAUGUCAAUUUCCCUGAGGUUCCCCUAACUUUUGUUGUGUUUCUAUUAUAUGUAUAUAUAAAAUAACAUGCACCUUCCUAAUACUGUACAAUAUAAAGGACAUUUCUGUUUUGUUGCAUUUCUGGGUUUAUCUGGUGAAAUCCUGCGAUGGGUUCAGAGCAGGUGGAACAAAUAUAUUUGUGUUGCUGUUUACUUGGUGGAACAGACUUAGACUUUUAAAAAAAAGCUGCAAAAUACAAUCUUGAGGUGAGGGGGGACAGGUUUUUAAAUGUGAAACCCACAGGAGAAGCAUUAUGUGGGUACGCCGUUCUCCUGCUGAUUGAGCUCAACAACAAAAAAUCAGUGUUUGGUUCUCUUUGAGUUUACUCAAGCAGGGAGUCGGCUGUUCUGAAGUGUGUUUGUGUGUAUCGACAAUACUUUGUGUGUUGAAGAACUGAGGAUGGGAUCUAAUUCCAUUCUUUGUCUGUUUACUGGCCUGACAAUUUUUUUUUAGCGUAAACUGGUAUAUCAAAGAAAGUUUUAAGAUAGAACAAGUCGACAAGCUAGCCAUGUUUUGUCAUUAUUUAUUACAUUUUGUAUCUUUUUGGGGAAGGAGUAGGGUGGUGACCCAAAACCAAGAAUGUCAACAACUAAAAGUUGUUUUUUUUUUGUUCAAAUAACCCCUAACGUUUAUAUUCUGUAAAUAGUAUACAGCAAAAAGGAGCCAGUUUACUCUUGCUUGUUUAUGCAACGGCUUCAAACUUUCCAUACAGGAAAGUGUGUUUCAGCUAAGAACUUGAAAUAAAAAAACCAGACUGACUGGACUGAUUUUGGGGGAACAGAUCAACAGAAAGUCAGUCCUCUGUAAAUACGCGUGUACCUCAGCGAGUCGGCAUGUGUACAUCAGCAACAGUUUAUAUGCAAACAGCUUUUAUUUAUGUGUUGUAAGUGAAAGGGAAAGGGUACGUUCGAGCUCUGAGGCACUUGUUGAUGUCCUGAAAGUGUGAAUGGGUGGAAAUAAAUGAGAUGCACACCCA